AAAUUUCUCCCCCAAUUGAAAGAUGCAUCUCGUCCUACUUCCUUUCCAUUCUGUUUCGUCGUACUGGGGCCGAUUGAGGUUAAUGCGUUGAAUAAUAACCUUUCGGACGCCCGUUCGUUCGCUUUCAUUCUUUCUCCAUUUCGAAAAUCUCGGUUUCCUGUUUUUAUCGCUCCCUUGAUACGGACGAGGAGGACUAAGCUUCGACAAUGGCAGCGCGCCGUAGUAGCAGCGGCCACAGGGACCGCGAGAAGGCCCCACGAAGAUCUCGCAACGGCGAACGCGAACCGGCGCUCCCCAAGACCCGACAAGAGAUCGUGAACGGCCCUAGUGAGAAGAAGAAGGGUCUUUUCCGAGUCAAGAGCGCCGGAGAGUCUGGGCGAAGCGGCAUACAUCCCCUCAAAUUCUUAGCCAUCACUUGGCGUUCCAGCAACUGGGUAUCGCGGAUGGUCAAUAUUCUUUGGCCUUUCGUACCCGCCGCCAUUGCUCUCCACUGGGCCAUCGAAGAUCAUGCUGUGUUGAAGUUCAGCUUGGCCUAUGUCGCGAUGGUACCGUGCGCAAAUCUCAUCGGUUUUGCCGGCCAGGAGCUAGCGAGGAAGUUGCCGCACAUGUUUGGCGUACUGACUGAGAUCACCAUCGCAUCCAUAGUGGAAAUCAUUCUAUUCAUGAUUCUACUUUUCCACGACGAAUACUAUGUCAUACAGGCUGCCAUUCUUGGAUCUAUCUUGGCCAACAUGCUGUUGUGCUUGGGGCUCUGCUUCUUUGCUGCCGGUUUACGACGAGAGGAGUCUACGUUCCACGCCGCUGUCAGUGAAGUUGGCUCAAACCUUUUGCUCAUCGCUGGACUCGGCCUAGCGAUUCCUACAGUCUUCGAACGCUCGGUCACAAACUCGGGGUUCAAUUUGACCACCGAGGAAAUCAGCACCAGAGUACUGCAUAUCUCUCGCAUUAUAGCGGUCCUGUUGAUUAUCGCCUAUGCUGUUUUCAUCUUCUUCCAGAUGCACACGCAUCACGGUAUCUACGACGAGCUUUACGAAUUGGACGAAGCGCGAGAUGCGGAUGGCCACAAGGAUAGGGCAAAAGAGAAGUACACAUUUACCGAGUGUAUCUUAGCCUUAGCGGUUGCCGUAGCCCUCGUGACGCUCAUCGCCAUUGCGCUUGUGGGGGAAAUCCCCGCCAUCGUGGAGAAUCACAACAUUUCUGACCCGUUCAUGGGUUUGAUCUUGGUCCCUCUGGUUGAGAAAGCCGCCGAGCACCUAACAGCCAUCGACGAAGCUUGGGAUAACCAGAUCAAUUUUGCAUUAUCUCACUGCAUCGGCGCUACCAUUCAGACGGCGAUGCUCAAUGCUCCAUUAGUUGCCAUCGUUGGGUGGAUCGCUAAGCGUCAGAUGGCCCUCGAAUUUGAGAUAUUCGACAUCGUCAUGUUGAUUCUCGCUAUCAUUACCGUCGGAAACGUCCUCAGAGAUCAGAAGAGCGACUACUUGGAAGGAUUUCUGUGCGUUGUUGUUUAUGUUGCUAUCGCUGUCGCCGCGUUCUACUUCCCGAACCCCCACGAGGCUGCCGGUACCGAGACAACUGGUGAAACGACAGAAGUCACAGUCCACGCGAUGAGGCAUUUUGGCAUAAUACAAUAGGGUAGCGAGGACUGAUAGGAUAUAACUCAUCGAGAUUGGCGUUGAAAAGGAAGACGAUUAGGGAUGAACGGUUGCAUCUUCACGGAAUAAUUCAUGGGCUUAGGAGUUCCUUGCUGUCUAUUUCUAUAAGAUCAUUACUUCGCCAGCUUGACGAUUUAUACGGGCUUCUUCUGGUUUGGACGCGGCUAUGACUUUUUGCAUUUGUUUGGGGGUCUGGUAGACAUGCGCAAUCAAUUAUGGUAGUAUGCAGGUAUUCUACGAUCAAACUGACGUGAUCUCAUUGACAUAUAGUACCUAGGAUAUGUGACACGACGGAAGAAAUGUGGAAUAGGAUAUUGGCACAUCGUCAAGUGCACCCACCCUCACCGUCCGAUUCUCUCAGAUUGUGCAACUUCAGAAAGCCCAGAGUUUGCAGGGUCUUACC